GAAGUCUCUGCCAAAGGGGGCAGGCAUGAGUUUCCCCGGGCACGUGUGAGGCUGUCAGUAGGUUUCAGAGUUAACGCCCCAGGCGUCUCGAGGCCUGAGGAGUCAGGGGGCUGCGAGUCCGGAGUGAGGGGCACCAGAAGGGGAUCUGGGGUUCAAGACCCAAGUGUGGGGGGGGGGGAACCCUGCAGGAAGUUGGGUUUCCUGGCUGGCUUGGCUCCUUGGCCAGCACACUGUGAUGUUACUGGUGAGUCAGCCAAUAGUCCUGUGACUGAGGGGCAACUCCUUUGCAUGCCGGGCUCCCAUUGGCUGAAGCUGGCUGUCGGGAUGGUGGGAGGGCUGGGAUUGCUGCUGCAUGGCGGGGUUGAGGGGGCAGGGGGGUGAGGCCAUCCCUGGAGUUGGGGGGGCUUUGAGGGGUGGGGGCAUGUCUCACCCCCUAUCCCCAUGUUCCCCCUGCCCCCGUGGGGAUCAGGGCCUGGGCAGGGAAGGGAGGAACCUCCUUGCAUGCUGGAUCCCACUACUGACACCAAGUGCCCUGAGCCCCGCCCUCUUCACACAGACCCCGCCCCCUUCUCACAGCCCUGCCCCUCAUGUCUCCCAGCAGCCCUAUGUGUCUGUGGCCCAGCAGAUGGCGCCCCCCAGCCCCGGCGGCAGCAACAGCGGCGGGGGCGUUGGCGGAGACCAGCUGAGCAAGACCAAUCUGUACAUCCGGGGCCUGCACCCCGCCACCACCGACCAGGACCUGGUCAAGCUGUGCCAGCCGUACGGCAAGAUCGUCUCCACCAAGGCCAUCCUGGACAAGACCACCAACAAGUGCAAAGGCUACGGCUUUGUGGACUUUGACAGCCCCACAGCGGCACAAAAGGCGGUGACGGCGCUCAAGGCCAGCGGAGUCCAGGCCCAGAUGGCGAAGCAACAGGAGCAGGACCCCACGAACCUGUACAUCUCCAACCUGCCGCUGAGCAUGGACGAACAGGAGCUGGAGACGCUGCUCAAGCCCUUCGGGCAGGUUGUGUCCACCCGCAUCUUGCGUGACAGCGGCGGGGCCAGCCGCGGCGUCGGCUUCGCCAGGUCAGAGGCUCCCCUGGCCUGUGCCCCCCCAGGAGGGAGGCCCGAGGCCAUCAUCACUCACUUCAACGGGAAGUACAUCAAGACGCCCCCAGGGGUCCCAGUGCCCCCGGACCCGCUGCUCUGCAAGUUCGCGGACGGGGGCCAGAAGAAGCGGCAGAACCAAGGCAAGUUUGUGCAGAACGGACGGGCCUGGCCGCGGGACAGUGACACGGGUGGCGUGACCUUGACCUACGACCCCACGACGGCUCUGCAGAAUGGGUUCUACACGACCCACUACGGCCUCGCGCCCAACCGGAUGGUCGCCCAGACUGCGCUCGGCCCCUACCUGCCCUCGCCCGUCUCAUCCUACCAGGUUCACAGCCCGUCCUGGAUGCAUCACCAGUCGUACCUCAUGCAGCCCACGGUGAGACCCCCCGUUACCCCCCCAGCUCCCCCCAUCCCUCCCCACCGCAGGGGCCCCCUCUCCAAAAUCUGCCCCGGCGGCGCUGGCACGUACAUGCCAGCAGGAGCCACACUGCAAGGGGCCUACAUCCCUCAGUACACGCCUGUGCCUUCCUCCAGCAUCGCGGUGGAGGAGCCCAGCGGGCAGCAGAGCCAGGUGCCGGUGGAGUCGCCGGCGGAGCAUGCAGCCUACUCCUACCCCUACAGCAAGUAGCGCUGGCCUCCCCGGCCCUGUGGACCUGGACUGUGCCAGGACUGUGGAGCUGAAGCAACCCCAGUGCAGCCCAGUACGGCCCAGUGCAGCCCGGCCUGGCCCGGCCCCUCCCGCAGCUGCUGAUCUCUUUCUGUUCGGUUCUUUCUCUGCCGAGGGCCCCGGGGAGAGGACAGCGCUUUCUUCCCUGCCCUCCCCCACUCCCCCACCCCCAAAAGAGGAAAAGAAACUGAGACAAACGCCACG